CAAGGUGACGGCUAGGGGCGGGACUUCCGUGUCUGCCCUAAAACCAGGAAGUUGUCGUGUUACUUCUUUUCUCCUCCUCUUUUUCUUGCAGCCAGCGAGAAACGGGAGAAAGUCGGCGGCGUGAAGUUGCUCCAGCCGCCGGGGAAGAAGCAGGAGACUGGCCUCAUUUCUACGGAACUUUUCCCGAAGAAAUGGCCACAGCAAGAAGGAGCGGGCACAUUGUGAGAUAAAAGAGGACAUUAAAUGUUGAGGAUUUUCUCCAAGAUGAAUCUUGCUCUUCAUCGGAUUUUAACGACUUGCGCUUUCACCAAUGCUGUAUUGUGUCUUUAUAACUUCACUAUCUGCAGAGCGAGCCCGUGAUGACACAAAGCAUAGGCUGCCCCUCCCAUAUCCCAUUCCUGUUGUCUCUAAAAAGGACACGUCUCUCUGUUCAGACUCUGUCUUCCUGAAAUUUCCCACCCUCCCUCUCUCUCUCUCAGUUUCUGGGCCAUGAUCCGUAAGAGAAGCUGCCUGAUUUUUUGUGGCGCGUUCCUGUUUAUCACAUGGAAUGCCAUACUGGUACUCCUGCUGUGGGGGAGACCCCCACAGGGCCGAGAUCAGAAAGAAGGUCCCGAAGGGCCCCCCAGCAAUGUGAUGGAGGAUGUGCUUCGAUUUGCAAAUGCGUUCGAAAGUGAGCUUGAGAUGCAGAAAAAAAUCCUAUUGCAAAUCCAGAAUCAUCAGUUGCUCUGGGAGCCAUCAGACAACAAGCCAAAGGUGACCGCUGCUCCUCAGCCUGCCAUCCCUAUCCUUGUCAUCGCCUGCAACAGAGUCACCGUGAAGCGCUGCUUGGACAAACUCCUGCAGCACCGGCCCUCAGCAGCGCUCCACCCAAUCAUUGUGAGUCAGGACUGCGGACAUGCCGAGACUGCUGAGGUGAUUCGGUCUUAUGGAAACAACGUAACUCAUCUGAAGCAGCCGGAUUUGUCUGACAUCCAAGUGAGGCCUGAGCACAAGAAGUUUAAGGGUUACUAUAAAAUCUCCAGGCAUUACCACUGGGCGCUCAACCAAGUGUUCAAGACGCUCGGUCAUUCAUCUGUGGUGAUCGUGGAGGACGACCUGGAGGUGGCACCAGACUUCUUUGAGUAUUUCCGAGCCUUGCUGCCUUUCCUGAAAUCUGACCCCAGCCUGUGGUGUGUGUCUGCCUGGAAUGACAAUGGGAGGGAAGGCUAUGUGGACCCCGGCAAGGCCGACCUGCUCUAUCGGACAGACUUCUUUCCCGGCCUGGGGUGGAUGCUCCUCAGGGAGGUGUGGGAGGAGCUGGAGCCAAAGUGGCCUGAGGCUUUCUGGGACGACUGGAUGCGCCAGCCAGAGCAGCGCCGCAACCGUGCCUGUAUACGCCCAGAGAUCUCACGGACUUUAACUUUUGGUCGCCAGGGUGUGAGUCUGGGUCAGUUUUUUGACAAAUACCUGCGUUACAUUAAACUGAAUACCGAGAUUGUGCCUUUCACCAAGUUGGACCUGAGUUACUUGAAGGAGGAGACAUACAAGGAAAACUUUGAGAAGGAAGUUUACAGUGCUCCUGUGGUUAAAUAUGAAGAUGUGAAGCAGGGCCAGCUACAAGGACCCGGGCCCUUCCGCCUUCAAUACUCGAGUAAGGACAGUUUCAAAUUGAUGGCCAAAAAUCUGGGAAUAAUGGAUGACUUUAAGUCUGGAGUGCCACGGUCAGGGUACAGAGGGGUGGUCAGUUUCAUGUCCAGAGGACGGAGGAUCUACUUAGCACCCCCUCCAGGAUGGACCCAGUAUGACCUUUAGUGAAGCUGAUGAUGAAGAACGUCCAUGAGCAGUAGCCUUUUAUAUCUCUUCAAUGUGAUGGGGGAAAGCAUUCCAGACCAAAGAAGAAAAUGAUCUUUGCUGACGCUGUUUGUCCUUACUGAUACAGAAUGGAUGUCCCUUUCUGGUGUGGGGGUUUGCCAAUACUACUCAGGUCUUUUUCAUUCUUCCAAAACAUUUAUACACACGGUGUAGGAUCCACCACAACUACGUGUUAGACAAAUCUGCUGUAAUUCGCCAGAGAUCUAUUUUUAUACGAUGCUAAGUGUGCACAUGACAUUCAUUAAUGCAUUCAAUGCAAUUACUACUUUGCCACUUUUGUUUAAAUUAUUUGCAGUCUCGGGUAAUCUGUGUGACCUGUUUCUGUCUGCUGUGAAGAGGGAAAUGUAAUCUGUGGUGUGGUUGCUUAUAGUGUUGGUGCCAGGUAAUAACUGCAGUAUAAUCUGUCGUUUGAUUCUGAUCAUUAAUGCCUUCUAUGGAAAUUAUUCUUUGUGCUUACUUUUUGUCACAUGAUCCUGUUUGAUACUCUAAUGUGAUUCUAUUUGCAGGCUCGUUACCCUGCAAACUACUACACUUGUUUGUCUGAUCAUUUCUGGAUUAAAAAAAAAAAUACACAA